CAGGGGGCAGCAGUUGUGGGUCACGCGCUUUCCUUACACCUGAUUACUAGUAAAUCAGCGCUUCCAGGUUUCACUCUACCAGUUUAGCUGCUGUGGUUCAGAGUUCUCCCGGUACUUGACCGGUUCCGCCUCAGUGGUCGUGACAACCUGACGGGAUGUCGUUCCCGGAGAAGCCUUCGGUCCCCGGCCGGUUGCUGUUGGAUGACUCGGUUCCCUUGUCGGCGGUGAUUGAAGGCAGUCAGAACCUGCAGUCCCACACGGAGUACAUCAUCAGAGUCCAAAGGGGCGUGUCCUCUGACAACAGCUGGCAGGUAAUCCGGCGCUACAGCGACUUUGACAUCCUAAACAGCAGCUUGAUGGUGUGUAGUAUCAGUUUGCCCCUUCCUCCAAAGAAGCUGAUCGGAAACAUGGACAGAGAGUUCAUAGCAGAGAGACAGAAGGGAUUGCAGGCGUAUCUGGACUCCAUUACCCAGCAUCCCCUCAUUUCCACUUCCUUGAUUGUAAAGAAGUUCCUCGACCCCAACAACUACUCUGCUAACUACUCAGAACUUGCCUUGCAGCAGGUUUCCAUGUUCUUCAGGUCAGAUCCAAAGUGGGAAGUCCUGGAGCCACUUAAAGAUAUUGGUUGGAGAAUCAGGAAGAAAUAUUUUCUAGUCAAAAGCAAAGAGCAGCCUAAAGAGCGAUAUCUACUGAGCUGGGUGGAUCUGGGUCCUGAUGAGGUUCUUUCUGACAAAGACCUUCAGUCAGUCAUGAAGCUGCUGACCAGCAUUUCUAGUCCGUAUUUCUGUCCGUUGUUGUUCUUCAGUACCAGCGAGUCCUCAGCUCUGCUCAUCAGACCGUUUAAUGAGAAUGGUUCUCUGAGAGACCAAAUCUGUAAGGUGAAGCCUAAAGAGACCUACCUGAAGAAAUACUCCUGCCCCAGGAAGAGUCAAGGCCUCGAACUGGCACAGAUCAAACUAUACGGCCGUCAGAUCCUGGAGGGCCUGAAACUCCUACAUGACAGCAGCAUAUUCUUUGGUCAUCUGCACGCUGCUAACAUUAUUGUGGAUGAUGACGUCUGUCGGCUGGUGGACGUAGAGAACGGGAUCCUGGGAAUUCCUUCAAUGCUGCGACCAGUUUUCAUCCAGCUCAGGAAGAUCAAUACCACAGAGAGCAUCGAUGUCUUUAGCUUUGGAUAUUUGCUGUAUGAGAUGACGUACGGUCGACUGCCAGACAGCGUUCCUAUUGAUCAUUACCCGUCCACCCCCCACACCUCAGUGGUGUCGGUGCUGCAGUCCAUCCUGUCCACGGACGCCUGUAAGAGUGGGAUACCAACAGUUUCAGCACUCAUGCAGACACCGCUUUUCAGUGAUGUCCAGCUCAAACAUUCUGAGAAAUUGCAUAUAAAGGUUCCAAACAGGCUGAAGGAGGUGCUGAAGUUGGCAAAAGGAAGAUUUGAAAAGAGGCUGCAUGAAGAACAAAGACAGCUCCAUCAGCACCGGCGGCUGACUCGAGCUCAGUCUCACUAUGGCUCAGAAGAAGAGAGGAAGAGGAGGACGAUCCUGGCAAGGAAGAAAUCCAGACAGUCAACUUAUGAGAAUGAAGAAGACAUUUCUGUCCGAAACAACAACUCUGGAUCUGGAGCCAGUUCACCACCCACCUGUCCUUCCUCACCCAUCCUCACAUCCAAUACAGGAUCACAUACGGCUCCUCCCCCUGCUCCUCCUUUGCUGCUGGACGACUCCUCCUGUACUGCAACUCCACCUCUGUCCUCCUGUGAAGGAGGUGGAGGAGGCCGAGCCGCCUUCCUGAGCUCCAUCCAGACCUUCAGUAAAGGAAAUCUAAAGAAAGCCGACACUGCGGACCGUAGUAGACCCCUCAUCUGACCCCGCCGCCUAUCCACAGAAAGGAGGAUGCGGCUCUGAUGGAACAUCAACCAAUUGGAAAACAAAAUUAACCCUUAUGGAUGGACAAGAGAGGACAAAAGAUGGAUUAUAAGCUCGAGUGAAUCCUUGUUCAGAGAAAAAACAUAAACAUUGUUGACUAUUGAAAAACAAAAUGAGUGAUUACUCAAGUUGCUAAUUGAUUCUUCAUCUGAUCAAAGAAUCCAGAUUUCUCUGUUAAAACGUUGGCUGGAGCAUUCUUAGACAUUUGGGUAGUUUAUGUUUACCUGGACAUUAUAAACUGUUGCUUUGGGGGCUUAAAAGGUGACUAAACAUCUUAAGAUCAAUGAUUUUCCACAAUUGUAUUUUUUUCUUGGAAAAUUCUUAAACCACAAUGGUUUUCAAGACACAGCUGCAGUUUGUGGACUUGCAUCAUAACAUUUCAUCUCAAACAUAAAGAAGGUGCUGCAGGAUGGAUGAAUCCUUGUUUCAUUUCUGGAUGUAAGUUGUUCAAACGCUGUUUAUGUGUUUUAACUUGAGGGAGCAGCUGCUGGUGGUUGUUUUGAGUCAUGUAGUCUGACGGCUUUUAUUAUAAACCAAGUUUUAGGGCUGUGAACUUUAAUUUCAUUUUUUUAACCAGUGAAGUCCAGUCAGAGAUGAUGGUCCUCACACCCUGAACGUCUGUGUGCAGCACUUUAAAUGGCUGGAGGAUAUGUCCACAGUAGGAUUCCUGAUAAUCUACUUGGUUCAUUCAUUUUGUGAGGCAGAGUUGAACUAUGUUGAUGUGAAUUAAAUUAUUGUACUGCUUAUGAAUCAUCAUUUACAGGGUUUGCAGUUUAUUCAACUGCAAAAGAACACCUUAACUCAGAGUAAAAUUUACCUGCAUGUUUAUUACACAUGACAAAAGUAACUGAUUACAUCAUGUAAUGAGAAAACAUUAAACGCAUAAAUAAAUAAAAAUUACAUUA